AUGAGGAAUGCUUCAGUGGUAACCGAGUUUAUUCUGAUGGGCAUCCCACACACAGAGGAUCUGGAGACCAUACUCUUUGUCCUGUUUUUGUCCUUCUACAUCUUUACCCUUAUGGGGAACCUGCUCAUCCUACUGGCAAUUGUCUCCUCCACUCUGCUUCACACUCCCAUGUACUUCUUCCUGUGUAAACUGUCUGUGUGUGAUAUAUUUUUUCCUUCUGUGAGUUCCCCCAAGAUGCUCUUCUACCUCGCAGGGAACAGCCGAGCCAUCUCCUAUGCAGGCUGUGUGUCCCAGCUCUUCUUCUACCAUUUCCUGGGAUGUACUGAGUGUUUCCUAUACACAGUAAUGGCCUAUGACCGCUUUGUUGCCAUAUGUUACCCUCUGCGCUACACAGCCAUCAUGAGUCACAGAGUGUGUGCCAUCCUGGCCACGGGGACCUCAUUUUUUGGUUGUAUUCAGGCCACCUUUCUGACUACUCUCACCUUCCAAUUGCCCUACUGUGGCCCCAAUGAGGUAGACUAUUUCUUCUGUGAUAUCCCAGUGAUGCUGAAGCUGGCUUGUGCAGACACCUCAGCCCUGGAGAUGGUGGGGUUCAUCAGUGUGGGCCUCAUGCCCCUCAGCUGUUUCCUCCUUAUCCUCACCUCCUACAGCCACAUUGUCUACUCCAUCCUGCAGAUCCGCUCUGCAGAGGGCCGACGGCGGGCCUUCUCCACCUGCAGUGCUCACCUCACUGCCAUCCUACUCUUCUACAUGCCUGUCGUCCUUAUCUACCUAAGGCCAACCCCAAGCCCCUGGAUAGAUGCAACUGUUCAGAUCCUGAAUAACCUGGUCACCCCCAUGCUCAACCCCUUGAUCUAUAGCCUCAGGAAUAAGGAAGUGAAAUCAUCUCUGAGGAAGGUCCUGCAUCAACUGGGCUUCCUUCCUGAGCAGUUGUAG